UACUCGAAAUUUUGAAAACCAACGAUCACAUCACGUCGCACGAUGUUUGCGCACUGCCCUUAGGUCCAAUUGGUUGUGUUCGGGAACCUACCGGUGCUUCCGUGGACCCGGUAAAACUCGACGAAUUCAACUUCAAAUCAACCGUUUCGGUAGCGUACAACAAAACCUGGCCAACGAAGAUACUCCACAUCACCGACAUUCACUACGACCCAAAGUACGUCGGGGGGGUUGAGUCCGAAGAGGUUGUGAAGCAGUGCAAGAAAAUGUUUGGGUGCUGCCGGGUUGGUAACACCGCCAAGCCGGACGAGACCUACUGGGGAAACUAUAACCAUUGCGACACUCCUAAGACUUUGCUGGAAGCAAGCUUGAAGAAGAUUGCGGAGCAGCACCCGGAUGCCAAAAUGGUGUACCUGACCGGAGAUCUGGUGAGACAUCACAUAACGGAACUUGAUUUUGAAACGUUGAAAGCGGACACGGACUAUGUGCUGGGACUGUUUAUUGAGAUAUUCAAGGACAUUCCUAUUGUGUUUGCGAUUGGGAAUCAUGACACGGAUGUCUUUGGAAUGUUUUCUUCUGGUAAUAUAUCUAGUAACGCUGGGCAGUCAAAGAUUUACAAAUACUAUCAAGGUUGGACUGAGAAAUUGUGGAACAAUGGUAAAAUAACUCGUAAACUUCGUGAAAUCGAAUGGCCUCAGAGCGGUGAAGGUUACUACUCGAUUCCAACGAAGGAACGCCUCCGACUGAUUGUCCUGAACAGCAACGUUGCGUACAUGUACAACUGGUGGCUCCUAGCGGAUCCUAACCUGUACAAUGCCCAACUCCAGUGGCUCCAGGAUACCCUUGCUCGCGCCGAGCAGGAACACCAGAAAGUUCACAUCCUGUCACACAUCGCGCCAAAUCACUACUCGCUACUCCCAAUGUGGUCCCAGCAGUUUCAACGCAUCGUUGAACGCUACCGAAACACGAUCACGGCCCAGUUUAACGGCCACUCGCAUCUCACGGAGUUUGCGAUGUUCUACGACUCACAAAAGCCAACCGAACCUAUUGGGGUGGCCUGGAACGGAGGAUCGCUGACUCCGCACAGUUUUCACAAUCCAAACUACCACGUGGUGAUGCUUGAGUCCGGGAAGUUUUCAGUAUCUACCCUGGAGACGUACACGAUCGAUCUGGGCAAAGCCAACAAGGACUCUUCGAAAGUCCCGACCUGGGAGCUGUCAUCAAACAUUACUGAAGAAUUCAACCUAAAGGAUCUUUCACUCAAAAGUUUGGAUGAACUCGUCCAGCGGAUGACCAAAAGUAAGGCUCUGGUGCAGCAAUAUUGGCGUUACGCCGUUAAAAAGGGUCCACGUUCGGUACCAGAACUUAGUGGCGAGUGUAAGGUGGCACUACUUUGUGGAAUCGUGUCAACCCAUGGGAAAAAUAAGGCAAAGUGUGGAGGUCUCUUGAAGGGCACAAACUGGGAUCAAGGAACGGGAAUAUGUACUAUGUUAAAUUAUUAAAUUGACAAUUUGAACGCACUUGCAAAACCUAA